AUGUCAGAACUUGAAUCAAAUAUCUCUACUUCGAUAGAUGAAUUCAUCAGAAUUUCUAAUGAGAUUGCAAAGUCUAUUGAGUCAUCAAAAGAUCUUUCAGAAAAUCAAAUACUUCCAAUUCAAUCAAAAUUAGAUGUGGUUUUAUCUCUAUCUGAAUCAUUAUUGAAGUCGUCUAACUCAAUCAAUCAAUAUUUACCUCUUUCAAAUGAAGUACGGGAUAUAGUAGAGGCAACAGCUUCAAAUUUAUGGAAUAUAAGUAGUAUCACCUCUCGUGUAAUUGACAGCCAAAAGAUUCAAUUAUUUCUUUGUCAAGUUAAAUUAUUUGCUUUGGUUCUAUUACAAAUCUAUGAUCGAUCUAACUUUGAUCAUUCUAAGUUAUUUAGAUCUACUAAUUGUGCCAUCAAACUCUUUUCAUCUUGUAUAGAUUUUCAAUUUAAUGAUGUGGCUAAAAAAGUUCAGACUUAUGGUGAAGCUUCAAUCGCAAGAUUGAUUGAAUUAGAUAAAGAUGAUAAACUUGGGAAAGAAGAUAAAAGUAAGAUAUAUGAAAAUACUCUGAAAAUGUUAAUACUAAGUAUGAAUCAUUCCUUAAUUAUAAAGGAUUAUGUGAUGACAAAACUUUAUGAAACAAAAUUAGACAAGAUAAAUUUAGCAAAACAUGCAAAAGUUGAAUUCUUAUCUGAUUGCAGUCGUUAUUUAUUUAAUGGCUCUUUGGAAUUAUAUGAACAUGAAAAUUUUGAGAAAGCUCUGGAAAUUGUUUCUUAUUCUAUAAAGUAUUUACAAGUCAAUGAUUUGAAUUACAAAGCAGUUAUCAACGACUAUGAUGAACGAUUAUUUCAGAGUUAUCUUUUGUAUAUUAAAUGCUUACAGAAAGUACCUAACAGUUCCAAUAAGGUUCAGGAGAUCCUAAAGUAUCUAAUGGAAAACUUCAGCAAUAGAGUUGAAGUUUAUAUUUUGAAAUUAGAAGAAUAUCAGGAUUUUGAAGAGUCGGAAAUUAAGGAUCUUGUUAUGACACUAGUGGUGAAGGUUCCAUUAGAAAAUAAUCUUGAAAAGAUUCUUGGUCUAUUAAGAAAUAUUUGUCAGAAAAGCAUUUACGCAGUUAAUAAGUGUAUGGAUUAUAUGCUUACGAAACUCGAUCCCAUUAAAUCACACGACCAAUUAGAGCUAAUAGUAUCAACGAAAGUAUACUUCAAUACCAAUAUAAUUAAUCUGGCAAAGACCAUCGUUGAGUUAAAUUCAUUUUUAAAAUUGGCUGAGAGAACUUUCACCAAACUGAUCUCUCAAUCCUCUAGGUCAAGUAUAGUCACAUUAAUUUGGAAUCAAGGUACAAAAUCUCUUAAAGCUCAGAAAUACUCUGUUGUCAUUGAAUGGUAUAAUCUUUGUCUUUCUCGUAUAUUGGUUGAUGAAAGGGAUGAAGGAGAUGAAAAUGGUAAAAUUAUAAGAUCUCUUCAAAAUAGUCAUUUCUUACUUAAUAAUUAUCAAAGUGCCAUAGAUUGUGUGGAACAAAUGAAUGAAAAGCAUAAAAGCAGUAUCUUAACACAAUAUAAUCUCUUUCGGUGUUAUAUUAAACUAAAUAAUGUUGAUCUUGCUAUAGAAACUAUAGAAAGAAUGUCUUCAAGAGAGGAUCCACUUAGUGUUGUAACAUUAGCGGUAUGUGUAAUUGAAUCCAAAGGUAUUUUACCAACAUCAAUGUCAUUGAAUCUAAUGUUCAAGUUAUUGUCGUUGGUAAUGAAUGAUGAUAAUUACAAGAAUGAAAGUUCAACUGGUUCUGAUUAUGUCGUUAUCCCAAUCGCCAUUCGUUGUACCAUUGUGAUGGUUUUAAAAGGGUGUGAAAAUGAAUCAGAUACAUCGAUCAUUUCCAAACAUUUCGCGUCUUUGUUAGAAAUCUUCACUAAAAGUUUACUGGUUGCGAAAAAAAAUUCGAGUAAUAAAGUCAAAAAAUCACAGAAGUUCACAGUAGAUGAUUUAGAAUGGCUUAGUAGUAAAGCUUACAAUAUUGCUUGUACCGCUGUAAAGCAUAAUCAAUCUUCAACAUGUUUAUCAUUUGCUCAAUUUGCCAAAAGUUUUAUAACUCUAAUUCCUCAUGAUAUAGGUGCUCAAAAGUUGAUAGAAUUACAAAUUUGGGAUAUCAAAUCUAAUAUCCUAAUCAUGUUAGCAACUAUAUUGAAAGGAUCGGAAACUUCUUGGAAUGAAAUCAGAGAAGCAGCCACUAAAGAUUUCGAAUCUAUUAACAGAUUGUUAACAUCUAAUGAGAUUGGCGAGAAUCAACUUGAAGACUGCAAAAGCUGUCGAAUCCAAUUAAUAUUAUUUCGAUUUCAAGCAGAGUUGGAGCUGGGAUUGUCAGAUAAUCUUCAUGGUAUAUUAGAACAAGUUCCCACUGAAGAUAAAGUAUUAGACUUUACCAUCUAUAGUACGAUAGUUGCCCUUGUAUUGAAAUCCAAUAGAAACCAGGUGAAAUAUAAAUUGUUAAGUGAAAUCAUUAUUAAAAGUCUAGAAUUGGGAUCUAACUUCAGCCUUAUUCUGAUUUGGAUUCGGAAAUUGUUUGAAGAUCAUUCAUUGACAGGGGAAAAUCAUGAACUAGUCAUCUCUCAUUUGAUAUCGAUUUUGAAAUGUUUAGAUCAAGAAGAGACAUUUCCUCCUUUUGAGAUUGACUGGUUAGCUUCAACAUGUUGGAAUCUGGGAGUAACUAACAUAAUGUAA